AUGGCCGAAGGUGGCAAGAAGCCCAAAGGCUACAAGUGGGAAUUCAAAGACAGCAAUAAAGACUUCUGGGCGCAGGGACAUGGAGCGACCAAGUCUUUCUGUUUGAUCUUAAUAACCACUGCACUGAUCUGUUUCCAAAGAGUGGCCACGCACCCCGUCCUGACCCUGCUCCUCACUAUGGAAUUGUCAAUCUUCGCUUUCUUCUUCUUCCUCUACUCCUUUGCGGUCCACAGAUACAUUCCCUUCAUCUUCUGGCCUAUGAUGGAUCUCAUGAACGACCUGUUUGCUACCAUAUUUCUCUUAGGUGGUAUAGCCUUUGCUAAUGAAGCGAGACGAGAAUUACCAAUGCCCUACAUGACCGCUAUGAUCCUUAUGGGAGUUGCUGCCUUUUUUGCCAUCAUUGACCUAUGUCUUCAGAGGAGACAAUUCAAAAGCAGGAAGCUUCGAAAGUACAUUCUACUUGCCCCAGACAAGGAUGGCCAGAUGCAAGACCCGAAACUCCUUACAAUGCUGGCUGCUAAAGAGGAUGAGGCUGAGGCAAGGAAAAGGUAGCUGGCGGAGAAAGCCAGGAGGGAGGAAGGGAAUCCCGCGUGGUGA